UGUGGGACCUUUGGAGUUGGCCGGUUGUUUGUUUUUAUGUUAGAGCAGCCGUCAGUUGGGGACAGGAAUCAGUUGCCAACGCGAUCUGACAACAGAAUAGCCAUCAUGCAACAGCCUAUCGUGUGCUUCCUUCUCGUUAUUAUUGGUGUCGUUGCUGGAGCCCCUGGUUUCAACGGACGCAUCAUCGGAGGAACUCCUGUUACACCAGAUCCCGAUGGUUUAGUAACUGAGUAUCCCUACGUGGUUUCCAUUGAGGAUGAUUUAAACCACUUUUGCGGAGGCUUCAUCUACAACCCUAAAUGGGUUGUCACAAGCGCAUCUUGUAUGGAGAAUAAGGUUAUAAGCAGACUGACAGUGGUUGCCGGACAGAUGAACUUGAUCGAUGCAGAAAAAACCGAAGAGAGGCGACCAGUUUUCAAAGUUAUUCCUUAUAGCACUUACAAUAAUGUCACAAGAAAAGACGACAUCGCUCUCAUUGAGCUAUCGACAAAUUUUACGCUUGACACACAAGCCAGGGAUUUAAUUAAGUUCAACGAAGUAAACACUGAUGCUGACUCUACUCCCCCUGGAACUUUCCUGGGAUGGGGAGCAACAGUGUUGGGCGGAGGUUUUUCACCAAGACUUCGUCAUGCAGAGGUUACCAUGGUAGAAAACAAUCCAGUUUGCAAUCCUUAUACUCCAGAUGAAUUUACCAUUUCUUCGAUGAUUUGUGCCGCAACUAUGCCAGUGACUCUACCAUCCGGAGAUGCUGAACCGACCCCUUGCGCUUUGGACGAUGGUUCUCCAUUGGUGCAAACAUAUCUUGGAACUGACGGUCCCAUCACUAUUGUUGUCGGUGUUUUGUCCAAGUACAGCCCAAUAUGUGAUUCAGCUGAUUCGAGCGUCUUUACUCGCCUCUCCGUCUACUACGCCUGGCUCUACAGGACCGCCGGAGAACAGGUGUACACCACCCCUUAAACAGCUUAAACAACGGACCCGAGAGUAUUGACAGAUGUUUAUUAUUACCAAGUCUUUGCUGAUGGAUUUCAUUCCAAUGUGUAUCGAUCUUUUCCCCUUUUCACUUUGCUGUGUAAGCUAAAUUUUGGAGUCACUUUCGCAUAUAUGCCAAUGUUGAUCCCAAAAAUACAUGCAAGUCCCUAUUAUUGUGUAAUCCCGAAUAUAGCGCACUGCAUAGAUAUAUCAAUAGAAUUGAAUUUCAUCAGU